AUGUCCGUCAAACUUGAACCAAAAGCAUCCAAAAGACCCCCGCCUGACCCGGACUCUGCUGUGGAAGACGACACACCAAAGAAGAAGAAGAAAAAGGUGAAAAUGAACACUGAACAAGAAGAGAAUUCCUCAAAAGAAAACCAACCUCCAAAGGCGAAGAAAGGGAAGAAGAAGAAGAAGGGCAGCGUGGUGACUGAGGAGGAGGAGAAGGAAGGAGGUGCUGUGAGUGACCAGAAUGAUGAGCUUCCUGAAGCUGCCGUCUCCUCUCCGCUUUCAAAGAAGGGGAAGAAGAAGAAAAAAGGGAAGGCUGGUAAAGUCGAAGAGACGACGGAAAACUCAACUCCCACCACUCCAGCCCACGACGUAUCUGCAAAGAAAAAAAAGAAGAACAGACUAAAGGAGAAAGUGGAGGAGACAGAACCGGCUCCAGAUGUAGACACUCCAGCAACUGUUUCAACGAAAAAGAAGUCAAAACUCAAAAAGAAGAUCUUUGAUUGAUCUUGAUUUGGUGUAUUUCUCUGCUGUGACAUCGAUGGAGGAUGAUAAAACUUGGACCUGAAUGACCUUAAAUAACGAGACAAUCUGGAUAAUGUUCGUG